AUGUUUAUACCAAGACAGCAAAGUUCGCGUUUACCUCGCGACACUUCUAUUAUUUCCACUUCAAGCACACAAGAUACCAUUACAUCAUUCUCCCGUUCCGCCUCGGAAUACUCUUCCUUUAACAGCACUUUUUUUAGUGAAAUACGACACGAAGACGGAAAAACAUUACCAUACCUGAAAUAUAAAAACCUCACGGUAGAGCGUUUGCCCGCUCUUCCUUUUGAAGUCAAAACAUUUUUACAAGAUACAGAAGGACAAUGUCAAGGCUCGAUCAAUAGUAAUGUUGGUUAUGCUGCUGUUUGGUCACUCACAGACUGUUAUGUUUGGAAUUAUAAAGAAGAGCAAUUACAGCAAAGAAUGCCCACUUGUUAUAGGUUUAGGUUUUCAAUGCCGAUUGCAACAACUUUUGUUUGCAUUGUGCCACCAAUUAAUGGAGCGACACCGGGACUACUAGUAUGCUCAUUAAAAGGCAAUCUUAAAUACUGGGAUAAGAUAUCUUUUGCAUUAACAGAAGUCGAAAGAUACAAGAGUCUUGAUUUACAUCUUGACAAGGACGAUUAUGUAACAUGUUUAGACUGUUACGAGUAUGGGAAUGUAAUAAUAGUUGGGACAGAAAACUUAAACUUAUUUAGUAUCAUUGUGAAAAAGGGAAAAACAUCUACACUUGAGAGUACCGUUCUGUUACGCAAUCAGGGUUUCGUCGACUUAUUUCUGAGUUCUAUUUUUGGACAAACCGAUGAGCCUGUAAAUUUCAGAGUUGUUACUACUACUCUUGGAGAAAAGCUCGAGAAAGAAUAUUUAUGCGAGCUAUUUGUGCUUACAGAGAAGACUCUCGAAUUCUAUCAACUUGCGCCUGCACUCUAUCCACACAAGUUUAUUUCGUCUAGUGACAUACACCAACUCAUAGCAUGCGACAUUCAGCAAAGUGUUGUAAACCAGUUUGACGCUACUAGUUCUAUUGAUUUGAAAUUACUUGACGUAGAAUAUUCGAGCUAUGAAGAACUAGUCAUAUUGGUCUCUUCAAUGCGACGAAACGAAAAUUGUCAGUUUUUUUUGUAUACCAUUGAAAUUGAUCGGUCCGAAAACGCUCAGUAUCGCGUUAGAGGAAAUCGACAAUUAAAGGUUCCUAAUUCACUUUCGUUGUCUGCAAAGCCACGUCUUGUUCUUCUUAGUGGCGGAUCUUCUGCAUUUGUAUUAUUUCCUGAAGCAGUUAUAAUCACAGCGCUUAUAAAAGAUGUUGACUACAACGAAACGAUAACUAUGCGUGAUUCUCGCCGUGAUGUUAUAUUAUAUGGUUGUAGUGAACGUGAGGAAAUGCUGAUACAAGAUUUAAAAGCAAAGUUAGAAUGGAUAGUAUUCUAUCAUAAUUUUGAAGACAACCCUCUCCAACCUUAUCUUUCGGCAGACCAAGAAACUGACCUGAAUCAGGUUGCAUUAAAGCUUGGUGAAGAGAUUUUAAACACAAGUUGUGAACAUCUUGACGAUUCAAAAAGUCUCGAAUAUCAACUAAACGAUCGGUUAAUCAAGAUAACUCGCAUCGUCAAAUCCAUAAGUUUAUGUAAACGAUUGAAUCAAUUGACAACAGCUACUUUGACAAGUCUAUUCUGGAAUAGUGAUAAAAUUGCUUGCGCAAAAAAUUUAUGGAUUUAUCAAAAUGCCGCUUCCAGUGACUUGUUAGAAGAUGCAAUAAAAGCUUAUUUCCACGAUCACAAUAUUAAUAUCAAGGCUCAAAUCAAUGAAGACCUUAGUACGCAGUUUUAUAAAUAUCAUGUGCGUGACGUUGGCAGUCUUUUUGGAUAUGUUGAGCAACAACUGCUUGCAAGGUUUUUCGACAGUGAAUACAAAGCAUUAUUCAUGUACCAGGCCAAUUUAAUAUUAUUGACUGGACUUGAAGGAGCUUUGGAGUAUAGGAAAUCUAUGAAGCAGGUUUAUUGUUUGACAGAAACCGAAGAAGCAGGAGCAGAAGCAUGGUCGUCAAACCCUGAAAUUGCCACAAUACUGCGAAAGCAGCUUGAGUCAACUGAGGCACUCAUUCUGGACAUUAGUGCAAGAUCAAAUCAGACCAAACGCAAGGGGAUAAACGCAGUAAUAGAUAAGAUGGAGCAAAUAAGGAUAUUAAAAGAUCAGAUGGUGGAUUUGGCGGCCAAUUUUUUUGUUUUCUUCGGUGCCACAUUUAAUAGUUCAAAAGACGAGAGCGAACCUCCUAGUAUUCUGAAAUCGUUAGUUGCCGUUGGCGAAAAAGCUUCUGCAUUACGUCACGCAGAAGCGUACAAAGAUUUCAGAACGCUAGUUGAGCUAAGUCUCUUAGAUGAAAAAGAGACUAAUGCUCGUACACAAUUGUACAUGAAUAAAUUUGGACAGACAUUCGCAUAUGUCUUUUAUGACUGUCUACUUGAGCAAGGCAAGCUACACGAACUGUUGGAUUGGCCCCACGCUCAUGAGCACAAGCAGUUCCUUCAACAAUAUCUAAAUGAACGAAAACCGCCACAAAUUUCAUGGAUACAUAACAUUUAUUGCAAAGAUUAUAAGACUGCUGCUGAAAAUUUAUAUCAAGAUGCUUUGGCCGAGCAACAAGUUGAUAAAACAAAGUUGACUAUGCUAAGCAUUAGCAAGUUAUUAAUACUUGCUUCAAUCGAGUCUAAUGUUGAUUCUCCAGAGAUUAGAAAUCUACUGAAAGAUGUUGAGAGUCAUCUUGACCUUUUGAAUGGUGCCGCCGCCGCUCACUCGGAACGUUUAGAAAAACUUUACGGAACUGCUUUCUAA